GGGGCUGCCGGCGGCAUGGCGGAGUCCCAGGUGCUGCUGCUGGACGAGCUGCACGUCAACGAGAAGGUGACAGAGGCCCAGGCCCGCUUCUACUACAGCGAGGAGCAGCGCCGAGCCCUGGAGGCGCUGGUGACCCGCGGCGAGGCCGCGUACCGGGAGGCGCUGAGGAAGGAGCAGCUCCGCGAUUUCCUGUCCGGCCGGGAGCUGCAGGACCUGCGGGGCGGCUGGCGGGGCUACGACGACCCCCGGGAGGGCGGCAAGGUGGCGCGGGGGCCCGGCGGCGAGACUCUCUCGCUGGCCUACUGGCCCGAGUGCUCGGACACCGAGGUGCCCCCGCUGGACUUGGGCUGGACCGACAAGACGUUCUACCGUGGCAUCAGCCGGGUGUCCCUCUUCACGCACCCGCGCAAGGAGGAGAGCGCGCCGCACCUGAAGGAGGUGGUGCGGGAGAUGAUCCAGCAGGCGCAGAAGAUUAUUGCGGUGGUCAUGGAUGUAUUUACGGACCGGGACAUCUUCCGCGACAUUGUUGAUGCAGCAUAUAAGCGCUGGAUCCCAGUCUACAUCAUCCUGGAUGAGGAGGGUGUCAAGCUCUUCCUGGAAAUGUGCAAAUGCCUUGACCUCAGUGACUUGCAGAUCCGGAAUGUCCGCAUACGCUCUGUGACAGGAGUUGGGUUCUACAUGCCAUCAGGGAAGAUCAGAGGCACGCUGGCAUCCCGAUUCCUGAUGGUGGAUGGUGAAAAGGUGGCCACUGGAUCAUACAGCUUCACAUGGACUUCAUCUCACAUUGACAGAAACAUCCUGCUAGUCUUGACAGGACAGCAUGUGGAGAUGUUUGACAUUGAGUUUCGUGAGCUCUAUGCCAUCUCAGAGGAAGUUAAUUUAUACAAGGAACUGGGUAUUGCUAACCCAUUCCUCCUUGGAAUUGGGAAGCCAGGCUUUCAUUCCUCCACCGUGGCUCGGAAGUUCAUUAACCCAAAGUAUGGUUUAGUAGCAGGGGCAACCCGUGGUGAUAUGAUGCUCUGGGCUUCACGGCACAGGCAAGACAAUCAGGGAAACAUGGAAAAGGAGGAAACAAGUGAGUCAAAGAAACGGUUAAAUCAGUUCCUGAAUGACUUAGUCACAUUGGAGCAAGUGUUCCCAGAAAUAGAUCCACCUCUGGAGAACUUGAACAAGCUGAAUCGGAGCCCUCAGAAACUGUUGUCCCGGCUCCACAUGGACCUGAAAAACAAAUCCAAAUCCAGAGAGUCUAUUCGUGACAUAAAGAAGGAAGAUGCACAGAGCAAUGCAAAGCAAGGAAAACGGUUUGCCAGUGGGAUUUUCAGUCGCAAGGCCAAGCGGUCUCCAGGCUCAAGCAUCGAGGCCAAUUCUUUUGCGAGUGAAGGACAUUCAGGAGAAGACCUUGGCAACAUGAAACUGGAAUAUGAGAGGCUCAGCAUUGGCCAUGCUAGUGUUCGGAGCACUGGAGGCAACUCAGGUAACCUGAAUCCAAACUCCACUAUGAGCGACAAAAACAAACAAUCUACCUGUGUGUUAUCUUGA